AUGAAGUUGUUGUCAGUUUCUUCUCUCGGAAGUUUGCUGAUCUACGCUGUCACUGCCAUUCAUCUCGACAUCCACUCUCCAGAUAGCGUCAAGGAAGUCGUUGCGAUUCUCUCAAAAGGUUUGCGACAAUACUAUACCGGGGAUCGAGAAGGUGGUAUACCAGGUCUCCUCCCACCACCCUAUCACUGGUGGGAGGCUGGUGCCAUGUUCAAUACCUUCAUCAACUACUGGUAUUAUACGGGAGAUGACCAGUACAAUGCUGUUGUCAUAAGAGCUUUAGAACAUCAGAUUGGAGAAUUCGAUGCUUUCAUGCCUCUGAACCAGUCCAGGUCGCUCGGAAAUGACGACCAAGGCUUCUGGGGAAUGACAGCCAUGUCCGCGGCAGAGAGCAAACUACCAGAUUUGGGAAAUGGAAAGCCGUCCUGGUUAUCGCUUGCUCAAGCUGUGUUCAAUACACAGAGGAACCGAUGGGACCAGGUAAUCUGUGGAGGAGGAUUGAGAUGGCAGAUUUACUUUUUUAGCAUCGGAUACAGCUACAAGAAUACUAUAUCCAACGGUUGCCUCUUUAACAUAGCUGCCCGUCUCUACAAAUAUCUCGGAGAUCAGAUAUACCUGGAUUGGGCUGAACAAGUCUGGCAGUGGGAGCUGGCAGUGGGCCUCAUAACAGACGACUAUUAUUUCUUAGACGGUGCCCACGGCAAGGAGAAUUGCACAACUUUCGACCAUAAAAAAUGGACCUACAACGCCGGAGUACAUAUGGCUGGCGCUGCGGCAAUAUGGAACGCAAGUGACAUCUGGAGAACCAGGCUAGAAGGAAUAGUUGGAGGACUAAGCAUCUUCUUCAGAGACAACGUCAUGACCGAAAUCAGCUGCGAGAACCGAGGUAGAUGCAACAUAGACCAGCGUUCUUUCAAGGCGUAUUUGUCUCGCUGGAUGGCUUAUACUGCGAUGGUCGCCCCUUGGACUCGCGAUUCGAUUGACCCACGACUCGAGGCUUCCGCUAUUGCCGCAGCUGCUCAGUGCACUGACGAGGCAGGUCAGAGCUCUUGCAAUCUUUACUGGGCUGCAGGAAAUGAACAUGGUAGAAGCUUUGGUGUUGGCGAGCAAAUGGCUGCUUUGGAAGUGAUACAGAGUCUUCUUUAUCCUGUUGUCACCGGACCUGUGUCACGCAACAGCGGAGGGACGUCAUUGAGUAGCCCGAAUGCCGGUCUGGAUAACACUAAUUACUGAACCUCCUGUUCUUGAUGGUAUCACUCUAGGGGACAAGAUUGGUGCCAGUGUGUUCACAGUCGUCAUGCUGGCGAGUGCUGUCGCUGGCGCUGCAUGGAUGCUAUCGGAAAGAGAUGAACCACAUUUUCGCCG